AUGUUGAGAGUGCGCACCUUACAGGAGCGCAGUAAUUCUUACGUAUGUGCCCUCUGCCGUCACAAACUCUCGCCCAGCGAUUCGCAGUCCAGAGAUCGCCAUGUGUCCAGCGUCGGAGCCACAAUAACAUCAGUUAGAGCCACUCGGCCAUCUUCGUGUCACUAUCUACGAUUAUCUGGUGUGCGCGCCUUGUCGACGAGCUCUAUACUCCACGGACCGAACGAUAAUGGCAAGCCGGGAGGCUUCCCGGGGCGUGGUUUUCCUGGAGGGUUUGGAGCUGGAUUGGGGUCUUUCGGAGCAUUUGCGAGCAAACCAUCACCAGAUACUUCGAAGCAAAGCGUUGACUUGCUUCCUCAUGAGCAAGAAGCUCGUAAAAAGAUGGGAUUGCCUCUGAAGAAACCUCUCAAGGUUGAGGCUGCCCCCACCCCGCCACCUGCACAAAACAACGUCAAGAAGCGAUCAGACACCCAGAACGCAAAUCAAAACCAAAGCCAAAGGAAGAAUACAUCUCCAGCCAGAGACAACCAGCAACCAAACCGAUCGAACGACGGAAACAAAUAUGCUAGACAGCAGCGGCAUCAGCAGCAGCAGCAACAGCGGGACGCAAAGCCAACAACGCCCCCAUCAAAUCUGUUGCCAGCUGCACCCGCUUGGGGAGCUUUCAGCGCUCGAAAGGUUGAUACUCAAAUACCCCUCAUCAGCAGAAAAGCGGAGGCGAAACCUGCGGAGAGCCAAAACAAGAACAAAUCGAAGAAUGUCGCACCAGCAACAGGCCAGGAAGAGGGUGAGAGCGUAUGGGGGCAGCUGAAGCGCUCCCGCAAGCUGGAAGAAAAGCCAAGCCGCGGGGAGGAUGGUUUCUGGGACGCACUCGAAAGUCGAGUCACAAAUAUUCGUAGCAGACCUGGCCCCGGGGGCCAAUACUUGGAAGCGCUUCAGGGGGCAGAUGGCAUGUUACGAGGUGGUCAGCAGUCGCAGGAAGAUCAAAUAAGGCGCAAGUCACGUUUCGAGAUGGAGGAAAGCGAUGUUUCUGAUAAGCGGAGAGACAAGAAGGACAAGCGCCCCAAGAAUGUUCAUCGGAACGAGGCUGAAGACGAUGACUUUGACGAAGAUUCAAUUCGACGCUGGGAAGCUAGACAACGCAAGAAGGCUGAGAAAGAAGCGAGAAAACGCCUUGAGGAAGCUACAGAAGCCGCUCCCGUACCCAUCUUUCUCCCCGAGUACAUUAGCAUCUCCAACUUGGCUGGUGCUCUCCAGAUCCGCAUAGCCGACUUUUUGCAUGAUCUGGAGUCCAUGGGAUUUGAGGAUCUCACAGAGGAAACCAUCAUGACUGGUGAUACGGCAGCCCUUGUCGCUCAGGAGUACGGCUAUGAUCCCACAGUGGACACUGGUUCUCAGCGCGACCUACAACCUCGGCCGGCGCCAGAAGAUCCGUCAUUAUUGCCAAGCAGGCCUCCUGUUGUCACCAUUAUGGGCCAUGUUGAUCACGGAAAGACUACUCUUUUGGAUUGGCUACGCAAGUCUUCCAUUGCUGCCCAGGAGCACGGUGGCAUCACACAACACAUCGGUGCCUUUGUCGUUCAAAUGUCGUCGGGCAAGCAGAUCACCUUCCUUGAUACGCCAGGUCACGCUGCGUUCUUGUCUAUGCGUCAACGAGGCGCCAAUGUCACAGACAUUGUGGUGCUGGUCGUGGCUGCUGACGACAGUGUUAUGCCACAGACUUUAGAGGCACUGAAGCACGCUACGGCCGCCAAGGUUCCUAUCAUCGUGGCAAUAAACAAGAUCGAUAAGGAAGACGCUCGAGUGGAUCAAGUGAAAGCUGAUCUUGCCCGCCAUGGCGUUGAAAUCGAAGACUAUGGCGGUGAUGUUCAGGUGGUACCCGUAAGUGGCAAGACGGGCAAGGGCAUGCAAGAUCUCGAAGAGAACAUCGUCACCUUGUCUGAAAUCCUCGAUGUCCGCGCCGAAGCAGAUGGCAUGGCCGAGGGCUGGGUUCUAGAAUCUAGCAUCAAGCAGACUGGCAAGACCGCCACAGUGCUUGUCAAGCGAGGAACUCUGCGUCUUGGUGAUAUUAUCGUGGCCGGCAAAUCAUGGGCCAAGAUUCGUGGCCUUCGAAACGAAGCUGGUGUCGAGAUCCCUGAGGCACCCCCUGGAACUCCUGUCCAGAUCCUUGGCUGGCGCGAGCUGCCUGAUGCUGGAGAGCAAGUUCUCCAGGCGCCUGAUGAGGGCAAAGCUAGGACAGCGAUCGAGUACCGUGAGGAAAUGGCUGAGAGACUGGAGAGCUCUAAGCAACUAGCUGAACAAGAGCAGCGCCAGCGUGAGAAGGAGGCCGCUGAGGAAGCCGCCGCUGCUGCAGAAGCUGAGGGCACUGAAGCAGAGCCUGCCAAGACUGAGCCCGGCAUCAUUUACCAGAACUUCAUUGUCAAGGCUGAUGUCGCUGGGUCCGUGGAGGCCGUUUGUGGCACUGUCCAGGAACUCGGAAACAACGAAGUCCAAUCCAAGCUCUUACGAUCUGGCGUCGGCGCGAUCUCUGAGUAUGACGUCGACCACGCUGCUGCAUCCAAGAGUAUCAUCGUCAACUUCAAUAUGCCUAUCCUUCCUCAUAUUCGCCAGCGUGCCGAAGAGGCCGGUGUGCGCAUCAUCGAUCACAGCGUCAUUUAUCACGUUGUCGAUGAUGUUAAGAGUGCACUGUCGGACCUACUACCACAUACUAUUACAAACAAGGUACUUGGCGAAGCAGACGUAUUGCAAGUAUUUGGCAUCAACGUCAGAAAGAGGGUGCAGAAGAAUAUCGCCGGUUGCAAGAUCCGCAACGGCACUAUCAAGCGGACGUCUAUGGUCAGGGUUAUCCGUGGUGGAGAAGUCGUCUAUGAUGGCAAAAUCGACACACUCAAACAUGUCAAAAAGGACGUCAUGGAGAUGGGUAAGGGCACCGAGUGUGGUAUCGGUCUUGAAGACUUCCAGGAGCUACAAAUCGACGAUCAGAUCCAGACUUAUGAGGUAAUCAAGGAAAGGCGAACGCUGUAA